AAUUAGAAAACAAAACCCAAUUAUAAACUCCUUUAAAAAGAAAGAAAAAUAUCUUAUUUUUGAGAUCAAUAUCUUUGGAUGAUAUUCAGCAUGGAAGCAGUAGAGGAAAGCUUAGCUGAAGCAAGACAAACCCUCAGAAGUGGCCAAACUAGAAGUGUUGCCUGGAGAAAAAAGCAACUCAGAGCACUUUUUGAGCUAAUUCAUGAUAAUGAAGAAAAGAUUUUCAAGGCACUCGAUGAUGAUCUUGGAAAGCACCCAACUGAAGCUUAUAGAGAUGAGAUUGGAGUAGUAAUAAAAUCCUUGGAUUAUUCUUUGAGCAAUAUUGAGAAAUGGGUAGCCCCUAAAAAGAGCUCAGUGCCUAUGCUUUUCUUCCCAGCAAAAGGAGAGGUGAUACCUGAACCCCUUGGAGUUAUUCUCAUAUUUUCAUGUUGGAACUUCCCUUUUUCCUUGGCAUUGGACCCGUUGAUAGGGGCAAUAUCGGCUGGGAACACAGUGAUUCUUAAGCCUUCAGAUCAAGCCCCAGCAUGUUCUUCUUUUCUUGCUAAUACCAUUCCUCUUUACUUGGAUUGCAAAGCCAUUAAAGUCAUUGAAGGAGGAGCUGAAACUUGUGAAAGACUUCUGCAGCAGAAAUGGGAGAAGAUAUUUUUCACUGGAAGUGCACGGGUGGGACAAAUAGUCAUGACGGCGGCUGCAAAGCAUUUAACACCAGUUGUUCUUGAGCUCGGCGGAAAAUGCCCUACCAUCUUAGAUUCCUUCUCUAAUCCUCGAGAUUUUAAGGUGGCAAUUAAAAGAAUUGUUGGAGGGAAAUGGGGGCCUUGCAGUGGGCAAGCAUGUAUUGGAAUAGACUAUCUUCUUGUUGAGGAAAAGUUGGCUUCCACUUUGAUAGAUUUAUUGAAGAAAAUAAUCAAGAGAUUUUAUGGAGAAAACCCAAAAGAGUCCAAGAGCGUAGCCAGAAUUGUCAAUAAGCAUCACUUUGCGCGGCUGCGCAAUCUUCUCAAGGACCCUCUUGUUGCAGCUUCAAUUGUGCAUGGCGGUUCGCUAGAUGAAGAUAGCCUGUUUAUUGAGCCAACAAUCUUGUUAGAUCCUCCUCUUCAUUCUGAGAUAAUGACUGAAGAAAUAUUUGGCCCCUUCCUUCCUAUAAUCACUCUGAAAAACAUUCAAGAAAGCAUUGAAUUCAUAAACUCAAGGCCAAAACCUCUUGCCAUUUAUGCAUUUACCAAAGACGAAACACUCAAGAAACGGAUUAUAUCAGAAACAUCAUCAGGAAGCGUGACUUUCAAUGAUGUUAUGAUCCAAUUUCUGUGUGAGACGCUGCCGUUUGGCGGUGUUGAUCAGAGUGGUUUUGGGAGGUACCAUGGGAAGUAUUCCUUUGAUACUUUCAGCCAUGAAAAAGCAAUCAUGCAAGGAAGUUUCUUCCCUGAAAUUGAGGCAAGGUAUCCUCCAUGGACAGCGUUCAAGCUCAAGUUCAUCAGAUUGGCAUACCGGCUUAACUACUUUGGCUUAGUUCUACUUCUCCUUGGUCUCAAACGAUAGGGAUCAUAUUACAUCACCCCAAUUUAGUAUUUGCCUUGCUUUUUAUCUAUAAUAUCAGCUUAUGUUUGUGUGUAUGUAUAUCCCCAUUUAAACUUCAUGUUCAAGUGGGAGACUCAACCCAAGUUUACUCAUUAAGUACUCGAAUAUUUGAGCUAAGAAUUAUCUCUUUUCCUGUUAAUAAUUCCAUCUUUCAAACUCCAAACUUUUGUUGAAAAACUUU